AUGGCGAACGAUGAUGGCGGAGAGAUGUCUCGAAAGCAUGGUGAUGGUGGCCAUACAGCCACUGAUGAUACAGACAUGGGCAAGCACGAUGGUCAUGUCAGCGCAACAGAGUCUCCACAAGAGGCAGGUAUACUGACAGAGGUGCCCUCUCAUGUUCAUGAGGAUAUUUUGCAGAGCUUGGAAGCUACGACACACGAGGAAGCGACUGACUCGCAGAUGAAAUUCAAUGGAAGUGGCGAUGGCAAACAUGACGGCCAGGACAUCAUGAGCUCUGCCACCGCAGAACCGGACAACUCCGCCGCGACAUCGAAUUCGCCCGCUGAAGAGGUGAGUGUACCGCACAACAGGGAGCCCAGUGUUCCUGCAGUAGCAGGUCCAGAGGAUGUUGAACCAGACGACCUCACGGCGCAAUUCUCGAGGCUCCUCCAAGAUGCCCCACACCAUGAUCCACUCGGCUGUGCCAUCUGCGGCCACUCGGAAUCCUGCCAUUGCCCUGCUUUUGCACCAUAUGAAGCUCAAGACGAUUUGGCGAUUACGGCGCGCGAUCAGAUAUGCCAUUUUCAGAGCAUCACAUCUCAGCAUGAAUACCAAGCACACAGUUUCGAGGAGAUCCGCCUUGCGAAUUAUCGUAUGGGCAAGACUUUUCAUGACACAAAAGAGUACGAGGUACUGACAAAUCCUUCCAUCAUUGCACUGGAGGAAGCUGCCGACCUCCUAUGCGCUACCAUCUUUGACAACCAUCUCGCCGUCACAAGAUUUGACGUCGGGCCAGAUCGAGUUCCCUUCUACGUUCAUGACCAGCUGCUUGAAGAUCGGCAGUGCCACGACUUCAAGCAGCGUGUAGACAAACUGGCCUGUCACAUCGAAAACGUGACAGUGGACUGCUGGAGGGUUGAACUCGAACACGAGGAUGUCUCGACCUUUCAUCUCUUCCUUGGCUGGCUGUACAUUGGCCAAAUCAUUCCGCUACGCAUGGACGAUGCCCAAUGGCAGAAGAGUCUGGAACUGGACACUACCAACAGGAUUGUGCCUGCGAAGGCUCGACGCCCAAGGGACAACUUCGUUUAUGACGAUGACCUGGCACGCCUGUUUGUAUUCGCGGCCAGAGAGGGCGUCCAGUCACUUGCCAACGCUGCUGUCACCUGUCUCAUGGUGCGGAAUGCCCGCCUCGGACAGACCACGACCAAGAAAGUAAUAGAACUUCUAUUCGCCGCUCCUCGAGAAGAAGCCGGGUCUUUCUGCGACCUCUUGGUGGAGGACGCCGCUAUGAGACUGAGCGAGAAAGUGGUCUCUGCCCGUACCAUGGCCUUUCCGGUGGCCUAUGUGACUGCUAUCAUGAAGCACUUGCUAAAAGACCGGGACGAAGGCAACAUCGAAAAGCUGUCCAAGAAUGAGCGACGACGACGGAUAUGCGCCCCUCACGUCCACGCCACAGAGCAGGAAGCGGCAGCAUGUCGCAAGUCUCUGACGGAUCGACAGGCAAUGGACAUUGCCGCACGCAAAAAGCCGGGCCCCGAUUUGCACAAGCCAUACUCAUCUACCGCCACCAUCGUCGUUGGACGAGAACGUUUGAAGUUCAUAGUCCACAAGGGCCUGAUCUGCAAGCACUCUGGAUAUUUCCGAGGUGCCUUCAAGGCUGGUUUCGCAGAAGCCGGAAAGACGAGGUUGAAUUGCCAGAAGAUGGACCUGCCCGACCACGAUGCGUUACAGGACUAUGAUGACUUCGUUAUCGAAGUGCGGCAACGUCUCGCUAAAACCAUGAAUAAGAACAGGACCAGCGUCCGUGAUGACGCGGCGGCUAGAGGGUCAGCUAAGCUCGAUGUAAACGGCAGGGAAAACGGCGAGGGAGGUGAAUACCAGCCAGCAAGCUCUGCUGAAGAUGCUGGUCUGCAAGGUACCCAAGAUGCAAUGGGCAACAUGACCAUGACCGGCAACACGGAUGACCUGGAGCCAUCUAGAGCAGCUCCAGACGGGAUGGAACGCCGCGAUGGUGCUCAGAACUGCAUCAACCACAGGAUGCUUGUGGACCUCUUCAUCUUUGCAGACCGCAGAGAUGUCCCACUGCUUCGCAAUCAGAUCAUGGUCGACAUCUCUCGUAGUCGCGAGUCUGGCUCACAGCUGUUUUCUUCCGACGACAAGUUGCUGGAAACAGCGUUCUCGAACCUGCCCGCUAGCUCAGCACUCUGGAGAUGGCUUGUCGAUGAAGCAUUUCGUUGCUGGAAUGUGGGAAAAGACAUCUCGGAAGAUCUGGAGAACCUACCAACCGCCUUUACUGCUGGGCUUCUCCGUGCGUACGCCAAAGGUUCAAUAUUCUCUGGGCUGCCUUGGAGGUAUGACAUGUGUCGCUAUCAUGAUCAUGCUACCGAUGCUGAGAAGGAGGAGUGCAAGGCAUCUCUCUCGAGUUGGUAUGAAGAUAUGAAGGCCAAAAAGGGCAUGGAGCCUGUGCGGUGGACGUAA